UCUAACAUGACCAGUCAUUUUAUAUCGCCGUGUAGGAGUUACACAGGGUCGCUGUGGCCCAUCUGCUCUCUUUUCAGCUCAUUUCUUUCAUGCAUAUUCAUGCACACUGCACAUUUGUGUGUGUUUUUGGGGUCAGUCGGCGGAAGAUGGCGGUCUGGAUGCUGCUCUCUCCGCGGUGGAGGAUCCUUUAUAAACACACACACUGAACUCUAACACAACACAAGUCUCGUCUGGAUUAAUAUUCACCGAUUUGUCCGCUCGGGUAUGGACUGUUGGGGUGUUUUAGCAAGGUACAGCACCUCAGACGCGUCUGUGGAGAGUUUGCGGAGAGUUUGAUGUUAUUAUUCUGUUAGCCGUGCGGAGCAGCUAGCGGCUUUCUCCUUCACUUCAAAGCCUUCAGAUUGGAUAAAAAUGUCGGAUACGAAGGUAAAAGUAGCGGUUCGGGUCCGACCAAUGAACAGGAGAGAGAUUGAGCUCAAAACGAAAUGCGUGGUUGAGAUGGAAGAAAACCAGACUAUUCUGCACCCUCCGCCCUCCAAUGCAAAAGGAGAAAGCAGGAAACAGCCAAAGGUGUUCGCCUUUGACCACUGCUUCUGGUCCAUGGACGAGUCCAACAUCCCGAAGUACGCCGGUCAGGAGGUCGUCUUCAAGUGCCUUGGGGAGGGAAUACUGGAAAACGCCUUUCAGGGAUACAACGCCUGCAUCUUUGCCUACGGACAGACAGGCUCUGGGAAAUCCUUCUCCAUGAUGGGCAACGGAGAGCAGCCGGGCCUGAUUCCCAGACUCUGCUGCUCGCUGUUCGAGAGAGUCUCCAGAGACCAGAACGAGAGCCAGUCCUUCAAGGUGGAGGUUUCCUACAUGGAGAUCUACAACGAGAAAGUGCGAGACCUGCUGGAUCCCAAAGGGAGCAGACAGUCUCUGAAGGUCAGAGAGCAUAAAGUCCUCGGUCCAUAUGUGGACGGUCUGUCUCAGCUGGCUGUGAUGGGCUUUGAGGACAUCGAGUCUCUGAUGUCGGAGGGGAAUAAAUCACGCACAGUAGCCGCCACUAACAUGAACGAGGAGAGCAGCCGAUCGCACGCCGUCUUCAGCGUCAUCGUCACGCAGACGCUUUACGACCUUCAGUCUGGGAAUUCUGGUGAGAAAGUGAGUAAGAUCAGUCUGGUUGAUCUGGCCGGCAGUGAACGUGUUUCUAAGACUGGAGCCGCUGGAGAGAGACUGAAGGAGGGCAGCAACAUCAACAAGUCUCUGACAACACUGGGGUGUGUGAUUUCUGCUCUCGCUGAUCAGUCUGCAGGAAAAGGCAAGAGCAAGUUUGUGCCUUAUAGAGACUCAGUGCUGACGUGGCUGCUGAAGGACAAUCUGGGUGGUAACAGUAAGACGGCCAUGAUUGCCACUAUCAGCCCGGCUGCUGAUAACUAUGAGGAGACGCUGUCGACGCUGCGUUACGCCGACAGAGCCAAGAGAAUCGUCAACCACGCUGUGGUGAAUGAGGAUCCCAACGCCCGCAUCAUCAGAGAGCUGCGGGAGGAAGUGGAGAAACUGAAGGUGCAGCUCUCGCAGGCUGAGUCUCUGAAGUCUCCGGAGCUGAAGGAGAAACUCCAGGAGUCUGAGAAACUCAUUCAGGAGAUGACCGUCACCUGGGAGGAGAAACUCAGGAAGACUGAGGAGAUCGCACAGGAGCGUCAGAAGCAGCUGGAGAGCAUGGGAAUCUCUCUGGAGUCGUCAGGGAUCAAGGUCGGAGAGGACAAGUGCUUCCUGGUCAACCUGAACGCCGAUCCAGCUCUCAAUGAGCUGCUGGUGUACUAUCUGAAGGAUCACACGCGUGUGGGAGCCGACACGUCUCAGGACAUCCAGCUGUUCGGCAUCGGGAUCCAGUCUGAACACUGUGUGCUGGACGUCACGUCUGACGGAGACGUCACGCUCACGCCGGCCGAAAACGCCAGGACGUGUGUGAACGGGACGAUGGUGUACUCCAGGGUUCAGCUGUGGCACGGCGAUCGCAUCCUGUGGGGAAACAACCACUUCUUCAGGAUCAAUCUGCCGAAGCGCAAGCGGCGCGAGCGACCGAAGGAGCCGGAGCGCGACUCUCCUCGCCAGAGUCUGGCCGAGGCCGACGUGGAGACGGCGAGCCAGGCCUCGUCCGAACAGGACUACAGCUACGAGUUCGCACAGAUGGAGGUCAUGAUGAAAGCGCUGGGCAGCAACGACCCCAUGCAGCAGGUGGUGCAGGCUCUGGAGAAGCAGUACGUGGAGGAGAAGCGUGUGGCGCUGGAGGAGCAGAGGAUGAUGUACGAGCGCGAGCUCCAGUCUCUGCGCCAGCAGCUCUCUCCAGAGAAAGUGUCUCAGCACCAGCGCUGCAGCAGCUUCCCCACACACACCACACACAACAAACUACGCCUGUGGAGCGACGAGAGGGACGAACUGUUUCGUCAGAGUUUGUCUCGGCUGCGUGAGCAGUUGGUCCGAGCGAACGCUCUUGUGCGAGAAGCUAACUUCCUGUCCGAGGAGAUGCAUAAACUCACCGACUAUCAGGUCACGCUGCAGAUCCCGGCCGCCAACCUCAGCGCCAACCGCAAGCGUGGUGCCAUAGUCAGUGAACCAGCCAUCCAGGUGCGACGUAAAGGGAAGGGAACACAGGUGUGGACCAUCGAGAAACUAGAGAACAAACUAGUGGACAUGAGAGACCAUUACAGAGACUGGAGGGAGGGAACACAGGAAGUGGUGAACCGUCUGCACAGUAAGGCGGGCGAUCCGUUCUAUGAAGCGCAGGAGAAUCACAACCUAAUCGGCGUGGCUAACGUCUUCCUGGAGUGUCUAUUUCAUGAUGUGAAACUGCAGUACGCCGUUCCCAUCAUCAGCCAGCAGGGGGAGGUGGCAGGUCGUCUGCAGGUGGAGCUGCUGCGGGUGAGUGGCGUCGUUCCCGAGCGUUUGGCCGGAGGAGACGAUUCCUCCGAGAACUCCAGCCAGAGCAGCGGAUACGAGGUCAUGGACAACAACGGAGAGAUCGUCCACAUGGCCAGAAAACUCACCUGCAGGGUGCGGAUCAGAGAGGCAUCUGGUCUUCCUCUAAACCUCUCCAACUUCGUCUUCUGUCAGUACACCUUCUGGGAACAAUCAGAGCCCGCUGUGGCUCCGCCCAUCGUCAGCCCAGACACGCCCCCCUCACAGACGGCCGACGCCCACUUCACUGUGCGCUUUGAUCACUGCAAGGAUUUCCUGGUGCAUGUGACCGAGGAGUUUCUGGAGUUCAUCUCAGACGGCGCUCUGGCCAUCGAGGUCUGGGGUCACCGCUACGCUGGGAACGGCCGGUCCAUGCUGGAGAUGGACGCACUGCAGGCCAAGAGACGGACGCUCAGAGACAGGUGGAGUGAAGUGUCGCGUCAGAUCGAGUUGUGGGUCUCCAUACAGGAGCUGAACGAACAGGGCGAGUAUUCGUCUGUAGAGCUUCAUCCGAGCAGAGACGACAGCACUGGAGGAGUGUUUCAGCUGCGUCAGGGUCACUCUCGGAGGCUGCAGGUGAACGUCCGGCCGGUCCAGCACUCGGGGACGCUUCCACUGCUGGUGGAGGCCAUGCUUUCCGUCUCCAUCGGCUGCGUUUCUGCUCGAUCCACCAAACUACAGAGACCUCUGGACAGCUAUCAGCAGAGGGAGGAAGACACCGAUAUGGAUAGUUAUCAGGAGGAGGAUCUGAACUGUGUUCGGGAGCGCUGGUCUGAAGCCCUCAUCAAACGCAGGGAGUAUCUAGAGGAGCAGAUCAAGAAGAUCAUCAAUAAGUCAGAGAAGUGCGAGGAGGACGUGGAGCGAGAGGCUCGGCUGGUGGAGCAGUGGGUCGGUCUGACGGAGGAGAGGAACGCCGUGCUGGUCCCGGCCCCUGGCAGCGGGCUCCCGGGGGCCCCGGCGAACUGGGUUCCCCCUGCUGGCAUGGAGGCUCAUAUUCCUGUGCUGUUCCUGGAUCUGAAUGCUGAUAACCUGACGGUGAGCGAUCAGCUGACCGGUCCUCACGCCGCCGGUGUUAACUCAAUCCUCCCCAAAGAGCACGGCAGCCCGUUCUUCUACCUGCCCAUCAUCAGACACAGCCAUGACGAGGUGUCGGCUGUGUGUUCCUGGGAUUCCUCCAUCCACGACUCCAUCCAUCUGAACCGGAUCACGGCCCCCAGCGAGCGGAUCUACCUUAUUGUGAAAGCCACGGUUCAGCUCAGUCACCCGGCGUCUGUGGAGUUGGUGCUGCGUAAGAGGAUCGCCGUCAACAUCUACAACAAACAGAGUUUCACUCAGAGCCUGAAGAGACGGAUGUCUUUGAAGAACGUUCUGUACUCCUGUGGAGUGACGUAUGAGAUCGUGUCCAACAUACCAAAGGCGUCUGAAGAGCCGGAGGAGCGCGAGACUCUGGCCUUGAUGGCGGCGCGAGGAGAGAGCGAGGAGACGCUCGAUGGAGAGACAUACAUAGAGAAAUACACCAGAGGAGUGCUGGAGGUGGACAAUAUUCUGUGUCUGGAGAGACUGCGGCAGGCCGUGACGGUGAAGGAAGCUCUCUCCGCUAAAGGAAGACACAUACGGCGUAGUCUCAGCACGCCCAACGUCCAGCAUAGCUCUUGUUGUAAACCAGACGGGAUUGGAUGUGAUGAUGAGGACGUAAAGACUCACUGCGACGGUCACACAGACGUCACCGAAUCCAACAUACAUGAAGCUUCACUCAACAGUCCUCUGUCAAAAGACACACCUGUCAAAAACAAAGAGAAUCACGGAUUGGUACCAGAGAGUCCAACGUUCUUCAACUCCAGUCCGUUUAAAGUUUUGUCUCCUCAGCCGCCCAAGUUCCUAAAAUCUCUCUUGCCAGUGAAGGAGGAGAACAAAGUCAAGCGUUCUCUGGAGUCACGGCCUCUGCUUGGACAGGAGAGCAUGCAUUGGUUUGCGGCUCCUGGCGGCCCCUGGUCCAGACCCAGGGCGCAGAGCGAGGGCCACGGUGAUAUCAUCAGCAGCUCGGCCAAUCACAGACAGCCCAGGCUGAGCACUGAUCUCACUCACACACGGCCGCAUGCUGCUGAUUCAGAGGAGGAGGAUCCUUACAUGGAUUCAGCCUUCACGCAUUCCAGUAACCCAGGCUUUGGGUCUCUGGAGCUGCAAAACUUCAAGCCUUACAUCCCAGAGGAUUUUGCCAACUUUGAGGUGUACAAUGCCAGCCUUGAGACCCAAGAGGGGGCUAUGUGUGUCCAGGGUGAGAUGGCAUCAGGGAUCGGGGUAUUAACAGGGACACGGGCUGUGGAAAAAGAAGUGUCCCGUAGUCCCACAGCCAGCACAUGCACAAGCGGCUACUUCUCUCAUAGUGCCUCAAACGCCACGCUGUCCGACGUGCUCUUCAGUGGCAGCGAUAGCUGCGACCAGCUCAACAUGAAAGAACCUCCAGACCCUCAGGAAGCAUUGCACGGAAGAGGGUUGCAUCCUACCAGAGGUUCCUCGGGAUCCGGUCCUGCCCAGAACAUUCCUGCUCAGCCCUGUUCCCGUCAAUGCACUGACCUGGACUGUUCUCCUCGGCUUCCCCGCAAGUGUAUCCUUAGUGUCAGUCAAGAGUUCACAGACUUUAAGGGUGCAGAUGAUGGUGUAGGGGAAGUGGACCAUGGUAACAUUGCAUGGAAGGCAGGAUCGAUUCCCACAGACUUCAAGGGUGCAGAUGAUGGCAUAAGAGAAGAUUUUGGUAACAUUGGAUCGAAGAAGGAAUCCAUUCCCCCAGACUUUAAGGGUGUAGGUCAUGGCGUAAGAGACAACCUUGGUAGCAUCGGAUCCAAGGAGGCAUCUGUUCCCCCAGACUUUAAGGGUGUAGGUCAUGGCGUAAGAGAAGAUUUUGGUAACAUCGGAUCCAAGGGGGAAUCCGUUCCCCAAGACUUUAAGGGUGUAGGUCAUAGCGUAAGAGACAACCUUGGUAGCAUCGGAUCCAAGGAGGAAUCUGUUCCCCCAGACUUUAAGGGUGUAGGUCAUUGUGUAAGAGACAACCUUGGUAGCUCCGGAUCCAAGGAGGCAUCCGUUCCCCCUAGCAUCGGAUCGAAGGCUGACUCGAUUCCCCAAGCCAAAACCCAAGGUAUGGAUCCCCCACCUCAGUUCCAUCUACACAAUGGGAAAGAGUCUCCCAGUAUCCCAGUACCUCAUGCCAAGCCACAGCUGGAAGCAACUCAAAGACUUGAGUUCUUUGAGAAUGCAGAUCCUUCGGUAGAUUCUAGUGAGGAUGAGAAUGGACCAGUUGCUCAGUUGCCGGACUGGAUGGCCCCCGGUGAGCAAGUUUGGGUGGGCAAACGGAGUGGAACGGUGCAUUACGUAGGAGGGGUAGAGUUUGCCAAAGGAAUCUGGGUGGGAGUAGAGCUGGACCUUGCUGUAGGCAAGCACAAUGGUACGGUCCAAGGAAGGGUGUACUUCCGUUGUGCCACAGGUCAUGGUGUCUUCGUGAAGCCAUCCUGUUUGACUCGAGGGCCUCCGUCCAUAGACACCGAACCUCAACCUGUAGGAGCAGGACAGUGACCCAAUAGUUGGUAGAUGAUCUCUUCGACACCAGCACCAGCCACCACCUGGACAAACCAAGUGCUAACAGAAUCCAUCCUUCUGAUUCGUUACAGAUUUGUUGGUUUCCCUGAUUCCAUGGCAAUAAACCCUUCCUGUGGUCUUGUUGAAAUUAUAGACCUAUUUCAGUAUCAUCUUUGAAUGUCGAGAGUUGCACAGUUGCACAAACUUGUUUUAUAUAUCAUGUAUAGCUGUAAUACUAACAUCCUUCUUCGUUACCACUUCUUAUAUUACUAAAUGUAUUAAUCGAACAUUGCCUAACACUACUUUGAGUGAGUUUGAGAUUUGGAUGUGUGUUCUAGGUAAGAAUGUACUACUGUUUAUGACCUUUUUGUUUGCGUGAUUUUAUCAGGUAUUACCAAAGACAUAGCCUUUCAAAUCUGCUGUGCAAGCUUCUUACGUAGAUUACUUUGGACAUGUGUUUCAUGCUUGUGUUUUAUGUAUAUGUGUUUGACUGAUUUAUGCUAAGUGCCAUAUUUCUGGUUGAAAGGCCACAUGCCCAUCAGAACUUCAAAAUUGUAGAAAGAGUAGAUUUAAUGGUAUUUUGAUUGGACGGCAAUCCAGUUGCUCGUACUCUGUUGUGUCACUGGCUUGUUGAGUUCUUUAACUGUUGAAGGACUGCCUUUAUUUCUAUAAACAGAGCUUUCUGUACGCUUGCACUGGAGUAACUUAUCCUGGAUGCACAUUAAGUUACGUAAUGCACAGACUUUUAUGCAUUAUAAAAAUACUGAUUUGACGCUUCUCAGGAGGUUGACGGAACUGAGGUCACCUAAUGCGGAGAGCACCUUGUUUUCUUUAUCAGACCCUUGUCGAUAGGGAGUGUUAUUGUUAAAUGUAGAUAUCCCGGUCUGCUUCAUAUUGGCUAUAGACCGUAGGCACCCUAAAUUACUGACACAAGCCCUGUUAAUGAACAGGGUCUUUUUAGAUAGUCGACUCCUAGGUUCACCUGCCUAAUAAUGACGCUUUCGAGCAUUUAAAUCCAGGUGUGUUUGACCACCGAGUAAGAUUUUAUUAGUUUGUGAUACUAAAGUCAAUAUUAGUGUUUUUUAUAGGUAUAAAUGGGAGAUGGGCAAUAUCGGGGAAAUUGGGACAUAGCCUGAAUAAUGCUAGUAUGUUUAGUGCCAUGACCAGUGCUGUCAUUAUUGCUCUGUUUUACCUGAAGAACUGUGGAUCUCAUAAGAAGUGAAUACUAUUGCUGUCAAUGGAGAUGGUAAAAUAAAAACCCAAGACCUUACUUAAAAGAAAACAGCUGCUCUCCUUGACAAGGAGCUGUACAUAAAAUGUAUGAACAUAGUAUUUACAAUAUUAUAAAAUGUACAGAAUUGUAUUUAUAUUGUAUCUCUGCAGAUGUUGGUACAAAGAUGUAGAAUACAUAUUGUUUAAAAACUUUUUG